CAAAGUUCUUAGAAAGACUUCAGCUUUGUUCCUGCCUCAUACAUUUUCAUUUCCCCUCUAUAUUACCUUUUCUCAACCAUUAUCACCAUUCCUUCUUUUACUUCAUUUAUCCAUUCUAUUUCCUUGUAUUAUUCUAUCAUCUUUUUAUCAUCUGUUGGAAUAUACAAGUUUCAAACUACUCAAAAUGUAUCGCGAUAUUGCCCACGCGGUGUAUAAGCGGGGCGAGUCCUCCAUGGGAGGCUACGAGAUGCCCGGUUGGGGCUGGGGACUCAUUGUGAUGGAUAUUAUACUUUUCAUGCCUUUGGUCUUGUUGGUAAACUACUCGCUUCAGCAUGUGUUUCCCACGCUUGCCAUCGUCGAGGACCCUUCGCCGCCGGCCUACGAACCCGUCUCGUUGAACGAUGAUGCUCAGUCCUUCGCCGAAGAUAAUGCCCCGCUUUCCGAUGAAGCCGCGCGUGGUGGCUCGCAGGCACGUCUCAUCACCUCAUCUAUCCGCUCUACCUACCGCACCCUGGCUGCCAUCAGCGGCUGGCGCUCUAUGUUCCGAGGUGUGGCUUGCUACUUCGCUCUUUCCGUCGCUACUACCUUCGUGUAUGGCAUUUUCGUCGGAACUUUCCUCCCAUCUCUCAUCGCCGGACCUCUUUCCGCGCUUGCUCUCGUGCAGCUCUACACGGCUUGGACCCACAUUGUCAUCUCGGCCCCGAGUUCCAAGACGUUCUGGCAACGUCUUCCUCCCUUCAAGAAGGCGUUCCAGGCCACCGCCCUUCCGAUUGUUAUGUACUUCUUCGCCGGCGAACUUUCUACGUUUGUCCCUAGAAUGCUAGCAUACGGAAUGAAGAUGAACAUCCCUAACCCCAAGCAACCUGGAGUCAUUCCCGAGGCUGACAAGAAUGACAUCUGGAAGGGAACUAUUGUGCUUAUCCUCACGCUGGUCAUGCACAUCUUCCUCGUCAUUCCUACCCAGGUGAUCCUUACCCGUGUCCAGGCUUCUCUCCUUCCCGAGGAAGAUGACACGAUUGUGCCUUUUGACCGCUCAUUCUCGGGCAAGGUUGAGCCAGCUAUUGUUGGUGGCAAGGGCUUCGUUACUAUCAAGGACGCCUGGCAGUCCUUUUCUCGCGCUUCGUGGCUUCGUCUUGUCAAGUUGUAUGUCAAGAUCUUCGCUGCUGGGCUUGCGCUUGCUCUCCUUUGGAUGGCGGUCAUUAUCCCCGAAGCGAUCCUGAUUAUCAGCCGGAGCAAGAAGAUCGAGUAAAUGCAAUCCACUUGUCAAGAAAUAUGGGAGCCACAUCCUGGUAACUCAGUAAAACUGUACUACGUACAGAUAUGUGUAUCUUGGUGAGAGGUGAGCCACUAGGCACAUUGUGGGUCGAAGGGUCAAAAGGACAAGGGAUAUACUACCUACUACUUAGUAAUUGGGGUUUAACCGUUUAGGAAGAUCUGACAAUUUGUAUCUACUAGAGGUAUCUACCAAGAUGAACCUACUCAAUGAGUUUCAUUCUACAUAUUUAAGUAGACAGCUCAACUAUGAAAGCAUGAAAGCAAGGCUGGCCUUUUGGAGUCCAGCCGAACAACAACAUAAUAUUUGGUAUUUUCUCAUUGUUACAGUGAAAUGUCUUAGAUUUGUGGAGGAGUUGUUUCAAAUCCCAAGCCACCUAUCAAUAAAUGCUGCGUGUGCUACUCAACUGUCACUCUCGUAUGACGUAUGAGCCUGAAAGAAGCUUCAAAGGGAUUGAUGAAUCGUCUUCUAUUCAGUAUAGUUAUCUGGUUGAACAACAUUUGGGCAGGUGCCAACAAGUAACAGACUAACAGUGGAUCCUGCGCAAACCAAUUUAACUUUUGAAGCUUUGAAUUCAAUGUUUGCUGUUUGAAAGGAAGGAA